AUGAGCAUGGCAUGGCUGAACAAUCAGACCUCAGGCAGUGAUUUUGUCCUCUUGGAUCUUUUCCAUAGCACCCCGGUGCCCUGGGUCCUCUUCACACUCAUCCUGCUUGAUUUCCUGGUGGCCCUGUUCGGCAUCACCAUAAUAAUCAUCCUCAUCUGGGCCGACCCUCUUCUCCACUCUCCCAUGUACUUUCUGCUCAUCCAGCUGUCCCUCAUGGAUCUCCUCUAUAUCCCCAUGUUUGUCCCCAAAAUGGUGGUGGACUUUCUAUCUGGGGAUCAUCGAAUCUCUUUUAUUGGGUGUAGCUUCCAGAUGUUCCUCUUUGUCACCCUUGGGGGCUCAGAGUGCCUGCUGCUGAUGGUCAUGGCUUAUGACAUCUAUGCGGCCAUCUGCCACCCUCUGCGCUUCCUCAUCCUCAUGGGUCCCAGGGUCUGUGUGCUCCUGGUGCUUGUGAGCUGGCUGGGUGUAUUCUUCAAUUCCUUGAUCCAUGUGGUCUAUACUCUGACACUCCCUUAUUGUGUCUCCAGGGAAAUUCAUCAUUUCUUCUGUGAAGUCCCAGCGCUCCUGAAAGUUGUCUGUGCUUACGCUUCCCAAUAUGAAAAGGGUAUUUCUGUCACUGCUGUGAUUUUUUUUGUCCUUCCCAUCUCUGGCAUUCUUUGCUCCUAUGGGAGGAUACUCUUCACUGAACUGGGCAUGGGUUCAGGCCAGGGAUUCAGGAAAACCUGGGGUACUUGCUCUUCUCAUGUGACCGUGGUGUCCCUCUUCUAUGGGGCUGCCAUCAUUAAGUACAUUCUGCCAAAGUCCUCCCACUCCCCUGUAGAGGAAGAAGUGGUCCCUGUGUUCUACACCAUCAUAAUGCCCAUGCUCAACCCCCUCAUCUACAGCCUGCAGAACAAGGAUGUCACUAGAGCUUUUCGGAAGGUUUUCAGAGUGUGA